AUCAAGAGUUUUCUAUCUCUCUUUCUCCGUUUCUCACUCUCUCUCCCUCUCACUUCGAAAAUCACUGCCUCAAUGCUCUUCUUCCUCUGCUUCGUUUCUCUGGCUAGAAGCAGAAAUCUUAGUCGGCAGAACAGCUAGAGAGGGAAGAAGAAGAAGAAGGAGAAGGGUGUUUGGGAGAAAGGAAAGUACAGAAAGAAAAUCAUUCUUUUUUUCUUCUGUACUUUCCGUCUCUUAACAGAGAGAUAGAGAGAGAGAAAGAGGGAUCUGAAACAUUUGUUUUGGUUUCGAUUUUUUCUUUUUUGUUCCUACCCAAUCAAAAGAAUCACACCCCUUUCAGCAUUCAAUUCAAGGAGAAAGAAAAAGAAAUCUCUUUUGCUCUCUCUGUUCGUUUGUAUUUUCCCGAGAAAGAAGAAAAAUGGCAGAAACUGCUCAGAAAAUUCUGAUCCCAGAAACGUUUCAAGGACCUGGAUAUGACAUUGCAUCCCAAAUUGGACUGAUGUGGGAGCUGAUAAAAGCGCCAUUGAUAGUCCCAUUGCUGAGGGUUGGAGUCUACAUUUGCUUAGCCAUGUCGUUGAUGCUUUUCAUGGAGAGAGUUUACAUGGGAAUCGUCAUCGUUCUCGUCAAGCUUUUCUGGCCCAAACCAGAGAAGAGGUACAACUACGAGCCCAUCCAAGACGACGUCGAAUUGGGGUCCUCUAAUUUUCCUGUCGUUUUAAUCCAAAUCCCCAUGUUCAAUGAAAAAGAGGUUUACAAGAUCUCCAUUGGUGCUGCAUGUGGGCUUUCAUGGCCGGCCGAUCGUCUCGUGAUCCAAGUUCUCGACGAUUCAACUGACCCAGUAAUCAAGCAAAUGGUGGAGACCGAGUGUCAACGAUGGGCUAGCAAAGGCAUAAACAUUAGGUACCAAAUCAGAGAGACGAGAGGUGGUUAUAAAGCCGGUGCUCUAAAGGAAGGUCUUAAACGAAGCUACGUUAAACACUGUGAGUACGUAGCCAUUUUCGACGCCGAUUUCCGGCCAGAACCGGACUAUCUCCGCCGUGCCAUUCCCUACUUGACCAGAAACCCCGACAUUGCUCUCGUCCAAGCUCGAUGGAGAUUCGUGAAUUCUGAUGAAUGCCUGUUGACAAGGAUGCAAGAGAUGUCACUUGAUUACCAUUUCACAGUCGAGCAAGAAGUUGGUUCAGCCACACAUGCUUUCUUUGGCUUCAAUGGAACUGCUGGUGUUUGGAGAAUUGCUGCUAUCAACGAGGCCGGGGGCUGGAAAGAUCGAACCACUGUCGAAGACAUGGAUCUCGCCGUUCGAGCUAGUCUUAGGGGAUGGAAAUUUGUCUACCUUGGUGAUCUCCAGGUGAAAAGUGAACUGCCUAGUACUUUCAACGCAUUUCGAUUCCAGCAGCAUAGGUGGUCAUGUGGCCCUGCAAAUUUGUUCAGGAAAAUGGUGAUGGAGAUUGUCAGAAAUAAGAAAGUUAGAUUCUGGAAGAAAGUGUAUGUCAUUUACAGUUUCUUCUUUGUGAGGAAGAUCAUUGCUCACAUGGUGACCUUCACAUUUUACUGUGUUGUACUUCCAUUGACCAUUUUGGUUCCUGAAGUCAAAGUUCCAAUCUGGGGAGCUGUCUAUAUCCCUUCUGUCAUUACCAUUCUCAACUCUGUUGGAACCCCAAGGUCAAUUCACCUUUUGUUUUACUGGAUCCUCUUCGAAAAUGUUAUGUCAAUGCACCGAACAAAGGCGACUUUGAUCGGUCUACUGGAAGCCGGUAGAGUCAACGAAUGGGUUGUCACUGAAAAAUUGGGAGAUGUACUUAAGAACAAUGCUGCUGCUGCUGCUGUGGCCAAGAAAACACCCUUCAAACUCUUCAAGAAACCCCAGUUCAAAUUCGGAAAGAGAUUACACCUCUUGGAGCUUUGUUUUGGAGUGUUCCUCUUCUUGUGUGGAUGCUAUGACUUUGUUCAUGGCAAGAACAACUACUUUGUUUACCUGUUCCUCCAAACCAUUACCUUCUUCAUCUGUGGAUUUGGCUAUGUUGGCACCAUCAUACCAAGCUGAUCUUAGAUGGCCUAUUCUAUUUAUUAUUAUCAUUAUUAUAUAUAUUUAUACUUUGAUAAAAAAAAAAACAGAAUUGUUUGUCACCCAAGGUCCAAAUCCUUGUCAUCUGCAACAAAAAUAUAAGUGAGGAGGUGAGGAUUCCAUGGUCAAUUUUCAUUGCCUGCAAAUUGUACUAUUCGAUUCUCGUCGAGCUCAUUUAAGUUAAGCAUUUUAUCGGUUGAUCGGUGGCGCUGAAAAGAGGAAAAUCAUCCCAAAAAGGGAAAAAAAAAGUGUUGCUCUUGAUGUUGAUCACUUCUAUACAGCAAAAUUUGCUGAACAACAUUGUGUGGAUGGAUCAUCACUUGGUUAAGAUGCAGAAACAGCAUAGGUUUUAGAGUCUUUAGGCAAGGAGGUUAUGUUGGUUUUUCUUUUUCACUUUUGAUAACAUUGUUACUUUGUAAUUUUUUUGUCAAAUUUUGUUUCUUUUUCUAUUUUGGGGUUUUGGAAUUUGUAGUCUUUUUUCUUGGAAGGGUGGGUUUAGUUUAGAUUGCUGGGAAUAAUCUCAUAGUUGAAAAGGGUGUAUUUGUAAUUGAUUACCAUUUGAUAUCUCUGUAAGCUUCCUUUUAUUAUUAGAGUGUAUUGAAAAAAAUGUAUGGAAUAUAUACAUGAGAAGGUUCAGAGAGA